CACCACUGCGCUGUCCAGCGUCUCUAGUCCAGUACAGGACCGUCCACAUCCCUCGCGCUUAACAUUUCUGUCUAUUUGUAUGCGUGUAUCGUCUUUACCCGUUUGAAAUAACAUUGUUUUAGAAAGAUUACACCUGCUGUGGGAGAUCAUUACAAUCCACAGUAUGCCAGAGCUCCAUACGGAGUGAAUUGUGCUGAUACUGUGGAACGCGGAUAGCGGAACAACAGGAAGUAACUGGCUAUGCCGUUUCUCUUGGCUUGAGUUUUUUGGGGGGAGCGUUGUGCUGCGGCGCUGUCCGUGACAUUGCGUCUUGUCGGAGAGGGUGGGAGAGCCGCCGGUAGACGACGAAGAUGGCGGAGAACCCCGUCAACACCGCUGUUAAUACAACGACAGCUGCUAAGGUUAUGACAUCACCUUUAACGCCUGAAAAGAAACCUCAGAGCAAUGGCAAUGUCUCGCCAACAUAUCAGAAAACAAACCAUGGAAGCCCUUUGAUAAAACACACUGAUGCUCUGACUCCACCCACUGUCACAGAGAAGAAACCUCAGACCAAUGGAAACGCUUCACCGUCACGCCAUCCGGCCAAUACCAAUGCACAUGCAGGUAAACAAUACGUGGAAGGAUAUUUAAAGACAGAUGAUAGGAUGAGACUUGCCAAGGAGAGACGUGAGGAGAGGGAGAAGAGUUUGGCUGUACGGGACCAAGCUAUAAAGGAGAAGGAGAGACGUGCUCAGCUGCAGUAUGAGAAGACGGUGGAAGAACGCUGGAAACGUCUGGAAGAACAAAGACAGAAGGAGGAGCUUCGCAGGGCUGCAGUAGAGGAGAAGAGAAGACAGCAGCUAGAGGAGGAGAAGGAGCGUCUGGAGGCUCUGAUAAGAAGGUCAUUGGAACGGAGCCUGCAGCUUGAGAACAGGAACAAACGCUGGGUGUGGGGUCCCAACGGCCCCACUCAAGGUGACUGGGAGAAUGCCCCACCUCCUCUCUCUGCUGCCUCCGCCCUCCCUUAUGACCUCGCUGCCCCCUCUCCUGCUGCCAUCGAAUCAGGCAACGUGCCCUCCAGUCCCCACAGGUCACCAUAUCGAGGGUCACCAAGUCGCCGCAGAACCAAUAUUGUGCCAGCAGAGGAGUCAAGUGUAGCUGUUAGUGCCCCCAACACCCCUAAGAAGGAGAAGUUGCGUAGAGAGAGGAGAACCGGCUCUCCGGCCACAGGCUCACCGGUGAGGCAAACUAAAUCUCCUGCUGAUGUUACUCGGCGCUCCGCCUCGCCAGCCACACCAAAGUUAUUGCCCAAGAGUCGUACUCAGUCACCCUGCACACCUCGACAGUAUCCACCCUCCCCUAUGAAACACAAAACUGGCACGCCGGCCACUGACAGCGGCAAGAAGACAGAAGACAAGGUCACGGACAAACAAACUGAAGAAGUCAAGGACGUCAAGGAGGCCAGACCUGUCAAGGCCGAGGUCCAUCAGAACAAAAUCCCAAACAAUGAAUGUUUGGAAAAGGCACCAAAAGUGGAAACACCUGUUUCCAGCACACCACCUCCAGAAAGGAGAACGUUGAAGAUGGAGAGCCCUAUUAAUGGUGCAAAAGAGAAAAAAAGUGUAGUUACCGAAAGUCAAGAAAAAAGGAAUGGCAAGACGGAGAUCCCAGAGAAGAAACAUCCCAAAUCAAGCUUAAAUGAAGUGACUACAGAGAAAACUGCAGACCCCUCACCUGUAAACCCUGCUGGCAAGAUGGUCGCUGGAACGACAGAUGCCGAGGAGGCGUCCCGUCUGCUCGCGGAACGCAGGCGUCUGGCCAGAGUUGUGAAAGAACAGGAGGAGAAACUGCAGAGAGAACGAGAGGAGCAGGAGAAACUAAAGAGCGAACAGCUGAAGAAGAGGCAGCUGGAGGAAAGAGCUCGACAGGAAGAGAAGAUCCGUCAAGCGGAGGAGGAGAAACACAGACAAGAGCAGCAGCAGAAGAAGAGAGAGCAGGUGGAUAAAGAGAGGAAAGAGAAGGAGCGGCAGGCUCAAACGGAGAAAGAGAAAGCAGAGGCAGAAUUACGUGCUCAGAAAGAUGCAGAGCGUCAGCGUCAGGACAGAGAUCUUUUCCAACAACAAGAAGAGCAGGAGAGACAACAGCGAAAAAAGAGAAUCGAGGAGAUAAUGAAGAGAACCAGGAAGAGUGAGAGUGAGAUGAAGGAACCUCCAUCUCCGGUCUCUCCUCCAGGGGCAGAUGUGCAUACACUGCAGUGUGUCAGCAGGCCUGCCGGUAUUUUUCCAUCCCACAGCAUCAAUGGCAGCUUCAGGAGAGGACAGCAGGGGAUCUUAGGUGGUGUCAAUUUGACCUCAAGUGUAAGUGCUAUUGUCAACUCUGAGGCCCCCCAAAAGCCCCCCUUGAACGGUCAAAUAAACAAAAACUCUGCUGCAGUGAAAACAAACGGGAAAGAAAAGGAAAUCUUUGCCAAACAGGAGAGUAAACAGGUCAAAGGUCAAGUAAAGCGAGAAGACGCAUCUACGGCAAAGGUGCAGGAAACCCCACCGAAGACUCCGUCUCAAAUCACACAAGUAAAUAUUCAAAGUGUUGUGACCACACACGGCAACCUGAAAGUUUUCAUGCAGAACAUACCUGCAAAUGCUCAACCAAAGCAGGACAACCACUUGACCAAUGGAAAAAGCCAAACUAUCACUCAGGUGGCCAAACAGGAAGCUAGUAACCAACUAAAAAUACAGAACGGAGAGGCCACAGCUCAGGGAGGUAAGAAGGAAAGCACUGUGAAAAAAUCAGACAUGCCUCAUGCAAACGCACAAAGUGUCACGGGGAACGCAACUGUAAUUGUCCCACAAGCAAAGACUGUCACUCAGCCCGGUGGACACAGGCCUACAGUGACACAGGUGAACUCAAAGCAGCUGAUGAAGGACAGCCCACCAGCAUCCCUGAAGCCGGUGUCAGAGACGAAACCCCCUCUCCCUCUUAUUCGUCUGGACACAUCAGCCGGGAAAAGUGGAAGAGUGCAGGAUUCUGCAGAUGAAGUGCAGUUCAUGGAGGUCAGUCCUGUCUCGAAAGAGGAGUUAAUCUCCAUCCCAGAAUUCUCCCCAGUAAAUUCUCCUCAGCAGAACGGAACCAGUAACAUGCGCGCUCUUGAGGACCUGUUGGAUCUGACGGGGCAGAUUGCUUACCCUAGACUCUCUCCUGCAGCCAGCCUUGGAGACUGCAACAAGAAUCUAAUAGAAGGAGUCUGUAGCCCUGGCUCGGACUCGAAACUCAUCCCCACCCACCCUUCAGCCUCGGACAAACGGCACGUGCACUAAGAGCGGUAAUGUGACAGAGUUUAUUGGUGCAGCAGGCUGCUCUGAGGACUUUUAUUCCCUUUCAACAGACAAAAGAAAGAAUGUGCAACUGGAGAAGAUACAAAGGAUGGAUAUAUUUUUAUUGCUGCUGGGCAUGAAUGCAAAUUUAAUCUAAUUUCAAUUUUGCCCUUAUUAAAAAAGAUAUUCUUUCGACUCUGAUUCUUUACAGCACAAUGUUUUCAUCUCCUGUAAAAGCUCUGGUUCAGUAUUAUGGACAGAAUUUAAAUCAAGCGUGAGCAGUCAAUGUGUAUUGUUACGUAUGUUUAUAUACCAAUCUAGAUAGCCAAAAUUGCUGGUAAGAGUUUGGACAUAAUACUUUGAUGGUUUCUUGGCCUUUAAGACCAAAGUCCAACAUUUUCCUUAGAAUAAUUUAAUACAUCAUCAUCAAUGAAUACAGACAAAACGCUGACUGGAUACUCACAUUUUAGCAAGUGAAACUAUAUGGAGAACUCUUUGUAGUUAGAAAUACAUGACGAAAAGGUUUCUUUGCCAUCUCUCAGUAUUUGCUUUAAGUAUUUGUGUGUGUUUUCUGCUUAACUGACUAAGAAUCCUUGCAUUGCAUCACACUAUAUUGAACCCCUCAAGUUUGCUGUUAAUGCUUGUAUUGCAGGACAUUAGCACAUUAGGCUAUCCACAUCUCUCCCAACCAGCUGGGAUCAUUUUUCAGCAUGUAUCUUAGAAAAAUCAAAAGUAAGCCUAUUUUAAAGGCUUAUUUUACACGUAACUCAGUAUUAGCGUCAUACUCUUGCGCAAAAGUCAUCACUGUGCUUAUCAAUGAAGUUUCAACGCUUCUUUGUAGACCAGUUUUACUCAAGUCCUGACAUCAAAGAAAGUGUUGUGGUCCAAAACAAAUUCCCAUCAAUGUGCGUUUACUUAAACAUUUGAAUAGACUAUGGGUGUUGUAGAUGUACAUAUUUCUACAGUGGGUGGGUAUGUCGAACUGUGUGGAUGAACAAAACGCUUAUUUGAAAACAAAGUGUAAAAAUUAGGCUGCAGUGAACUUUCAAAACCAAGUUAUAAGAAGCUUCUGUCUCUACAAUAACAGCAGUGACUUCAAAAUGUGAUUACUGAUGAUGUGCAUGGUGGCAUGAGCAUCAAGCCAUAAUUAUAAGCCUAGAAAUAAACAAAUAAACAGACUUUA